AUGCCGCAUCUGCUGCCGUGUCCAGCACCCCGAGUCACUUAUGCAGACGGAGAAAUUGUGGUAGGCGAGGACGGCCGCCGGAGGAGGCGAAAGCGCCGCGAGGCAGCCCCCGAGAUCAAGGAUGGCAUUGUCAGCUUCGACCAGGUUAGCGACGAGGAGACGAUACGAGCACGGGAAGAGCGAUUGAAGCGGGAAUGUCCAGUGCCGAAACCUGGCGGCAUUUUGGGAGAGUGGUUGGGAUUCCACGGGCCGAGUAAGGAAGCAGAGCCGACGAAGGCAGAGAGGUGA